GAACACCUAAUUGAGGAGGCUAUGCGCAUGUCAGCCUCUCUUCGGCUGCCUUCACAAGAAAGUGAUCAGCUAUGCUAACGCAAAAAAUAGUCAAGCCGUCAGGAACAGGCGAGCCAAAUGAAUUGGAGAAAAGCGUAUCAGAGGCUCUUCUCGAGUUAGAACUGAACUCUACCGAUCUCAAGUCGCAGCUUCGAGAACUGUACAUCUCUGGAGCGAAGGAAGUCGAUGUUGGAGGAAGAAAAGCUAUAGUCAUUUUCGUACCUGUACCACAAAUCAGAUCCUUCCAGAAGAUCCAGAGGAGAAUCCUUCCACGACAAACAAGAAAAUCAAGAAAUCAAAAACAGAAGAGGCCAAGAAGUCGAACUUUGACAGCUGUUCACGAUGCCAUCCUUGAAGAACUGGUCUACCCAAGUGAAAUAGUUGGAAAGAGGACAAGAGUGAAACUGGAUGGUUCAAAAUUAAUCAAAGUACAUCUUGACAAACUGCAGCAAACAAAUGUGGAACACAAGGUGGACACUUUUUCCUCAGUGUACAAGAAGCUCACAGGCAAGGAUGUUACAUUUGAGUUCCCAAGC